AGCAAUCAGAAGGAGAGCAACACUUGAAGCAAACACUUGGCGUGGUGGGUCGUUUAACACGGAUAGUAAAAUGGGAGAUAACACAGCUCAAGUUCCUUUGACUUACUAUGUCGCUUUAAUUCUAACAUUGAUGCUAUCGCCAAUUAUGGCCUUGAUAGUUGGCAUUAGAGAAUUAUUCCAUAAAUCCAAAGAGCACGAUAUAAAAGGUGAAGUAGCUGUCAUAACUGGUGCCGCCAGAGGUUUGGGUCGUGAAAUAGCCAUUGAAUUGGCCAAAAGGGGUUGUCACAUAGCUGUGGUAGAUAUUUUGGAAGAUGCCUCAAAGGAGACUGCCAAAUAUUUAAGUGAAACUUUCAAAAUAAAGGCCAAGCCCUAUAAGGUUGAUGUAUCCAACCAUGACGAACUGAUUGAUUUUCAUCGCUCGGUAAUUCAGGAUUUUGGAGAUGUUACCAUUUUGAUAAACAAUGCCGGUUUGUUAAGUCUUGCCGAUAGUAAUCCUUUGGAUUUUGAGGAAAUUCAAAAAAUCAUUACCGUCAACUUUACCUCCCACCUGUGGAUGAAUCAACUCUUUUUGCCCCGCAUGAAGGAGUUAAAUCGUGGUCACAUCAUGGCCAUUUCUUCACUUUCCGCCCUAGUCACUGCGCCUUUUGUGCAAAUAUAUGCGCCAACCAAAAGUGCGGUUACGGCUUAUAUGGCCUCUUUAAGAGCUGAUAUGAAAAGUGGAAAAUAUGGAAUAAAAGUGACCACCAUAAUGCCAACAUUUCUAAAUACCAAUCAGCAAGUAAAUGAAUUUAUAAGUUUUACUGGCUAUGAUAAGUGGAUGCCUCCUAUAGAUGGCGCCGGUGUAGCCCAGCAAGCAGUGCAGGCAAUGCUGCAGGGCCUAGAGGAGAUAACUUUGCCCCGUAUAGCUAGUUUUAUCUUCAAAUUACAUGGACUAUACCCUACUUGGCUGCGUGAUGGAAUUCAAGGAUUGCUUGGUGCCAAGGUGCAGGUGGUAGAACUUCGUAAUAAGCUAGCAUCCCAAAAUUGAUGUAUUAUUUUCUAUACCCCUACACUACCACUGUGAUACAGGGUAUAAUAACUUAGUGCAUUUGUUUGUUACACCCAGAUGGAAGUAAGCUAGACCCAUUGAUAAGUGUACCGAUCCACUCAGAAUCAGUUACUGCUUUGUCCGUCUGUAUGUCUGUCUGUCCAUGUUAAUUUGUGUACAAAGUACAGGUCGCAAAUGUCUUUCCGAUCAUCUUCAAAUUUGGUACAGGCAUGUUUUUCGGCCUAGAGACAAAGCCUAUUGAAAUUGUAGAAAGUCGGCUCAGAUUUAGAUAUAGCUUCCAUAAACAGCUGUGUUCAAAAUAAUAGUAGUGGUGCCACCUCAUAUUUUCACAAGUCAAACUUGUUGGUAUAUCAACAUCCAAUUUAAAUGAUAUUCUAAGGGUAUUUAAAACGUUAAGCAAGGAUUAAAAUUACAAAUAAAAGCUCUUAUUAAAUAUUAUAUUUUA